UUCUUUCUUAACAAUAACACUAAAAUAAUCAAAACAACAACACAACAAUUAAACGAAAACUAAAUUAUGGAAGAUUUAAGUGAUUUUACAUCUGGAAUUACUGAGUUUCUUCCAUAUAGUCAAGGUAAAGAACAAACUACGUAUAGGGACACUUCAACUGGGACAGAUCCUUUGCCUCCAUUGUUAGAUAAAGCGAUUGAAACAAAUAAAAAAAGCGAUGCACAGACCCAAACACAAAAGGACACUAUUCCCAAAGUAGAUUUUGAUGUUCAAAAAUUGGCGCAGUGGUUAAAGAGAAUUUAUCCAUUAGUCGAAUCCGAACUGCAAAAAGGGCCUACACCCCUGUCGAGUGAACAGAUUCUAAAUACAAACGAGAAUGAAGAUGAGUUAGAAAUUCAACCGUACCAAAAAAUAUCAAUUAAAUCAAAGGACAACCAUCAAGGCCUGAGCACUUGGCUUUCAAUUUACACAAAUAAUACCCCAGUCUUGGUGCUAACAACCUGCGCUGUCCAUGACGACUGGUGUGAACAUGUGGAGCAAAGUAUUAAAGUGUACAUUCCCAAGAGAAUAUCGCCAAGCCAAUUUGUCGUAUUCCAAGAACUUAAAACCAUUCCUACGAAAGCUUGCAUAGAGACUCUUUCGACUAAUCCUUUUUAUAAGGAUAUUUUUGCUGGAAGCACAGUUUCUGGAGAUCUUUAUAUUUGGAAAUUUGUUACAAAUAAACACCAAGGAGAUGUUGAAGAGAUUUUUUGUGAAAACCUUCAACACGGCAGUGUGGCUGGCCUUGACUGGCCAAGUGCUGGCCGUGUUCUAACCUGCCAUGCCAAUGGUUGGGUUUGCUUAUGGUCAAUUGAGAACCAGUUUCUCAAAGAAAGAGAGUUCUUGGUUAAAAAUCCAACACAUGGAGUUGUGGAACUUACUUCUAUAGCUUCGAUAUCUUUGACAGAUUUUGUCGUUGGUUGCGCCGAUGGUGCAUUGUACCAUUGCAACAAUACAAAUUUGAGAGCUUAUCAAACAGAUAUUGAAAUUGUUCCUAUGAAAAAUCAUAAGUUUUCUGUAACUAGUUUAUUCAAAAAGGAAAUAUGUGGAAAACGUCUAGUGAUUAGUUGUGAUCUUAGUGGAGAAGUUUUUUUCCAUGAUUUAUUUAGCUCGGACGAUGAUGAUAGGAAAACUAUUUUGCGAAUUCCUCUGCCAUUUCAAAACAAUAUCGCUUGCUCUAGUGACGGAAAGCAUAUAUUUUGUCCAGGAAUUGAUGGUUCAUUAAAUGUUUACAGAAUCUACAAUGGGAGGCAAUUAAACAUAAAAGGGGCAUUACAUGGAAAAGGCAAUAUGAUUAAGUUAAGUGACAAUGGUCUGUGGAUUGUUAUCGGAAUCUUCGAUGGAGACUUUCAAAUAUUCAGAAUUGCAAAUUAAUUUACAAUGAUUUUAUUUUUAAUUUAACAAGAAUAAAAAGAAAUGCAAUACAAAA